AAAACUUACAACAUCAACUGUGAACCCUAAUAAUAUUUAAUAUUUUCAAAUUAUGAAUCGGCAAAAAGCGAUUAGUGUAGGGAUAACAGACAAGUCGUAAAGUCGAAAGGGGUUGACUGUUAGGCAAAGUGUUCGUUUCAAGCGGUUUGACCGCGGUCGUACGACAAACGCGGUCGUACGACAUUGGACAUUUAGUCGGUCGGUCAGUCAGUCGUUAGCCGUCAGCAAGCCGUUCAACAUGUCGCAGCAUAGUCACACAGCGAUCGAAUAUUGGAGUGAGUUCUUUCGCAUGUACCGCUCGAUGCCCGAAUUGUGGCUAGUGCGCAGCAAGCUGUAUCGGGAUCGCAAGCUCAAGGACGAAUCCUACGGUCGCCUUUUGGAACUAUUGCGAGUUUCCGACCAGUACGCCAAUAUCCAUACCCUGAAACGAAAGAUAAACAAUUUCCGGACAUCGUACCGCCGCGAACUCCGAAAGGUACUCGAAAGUGAUAACGCCUAUGUGCCCUCGCUCUGGUACUUUAAAGAGCUCGAUUUCCUUUUUGAACUUGAAACGGGGGAACUCCAGUUGGACAACGAGACGGUGGCGGCGGCGGAUCAAGAACGGGAUUAUGAAAACAUAUCAGUAUACCAAGAUGAACAAAAACCAGACAGCCCCGAGUAUAUGCAGCAGCAUGAAAGUGAAGAAGGACACUCAAACAUGGACGCCGAUCUUACCGAAGAGUCCGAUAACGAUAACGAUAACGAUCACGUGAUCCAUCAAAUAGACAGCGAUGACGAUGACAUUUUUUCGGAGCCCUUUCCAACUGAAGAGGACGUACUACGUAUCGAGGCUGUGGGCGAUGGCGAGGCGGAUCCGGAUCCGGAACCAGAACCUGACCACGAAUCCGUAACGUCGAUGGCACGCCUCAAAUCGGAACACAAACCAGACGACUAUCAGCCAUCAUAUUCGGGGAUUAGCAAGAAUAUGAGUCCUCUGCCACGAAACAGCUCGGAAUUAGUGGGCAGAGAAGUAAGUACGGACAAAACCGGACGUCGUAUCCGGAUCCGGCGAAGACGCAGCAGCAAUGACAGCGAUUACGGCGAGACAGCGAGGAAGCGUAGAGUGGAGGAGAUCCCGGAUAGAGAUUGUAGGAACCGAGAUCGGGAAAGAGAAAGAGAUAACAGGGGCCUUGAAAGCGAUAGCGACAACGAAUGCGAGCUGAUCGGUAGGCGGAUGGCCACCCACUUCCGGCAUAUGCGAUCGGAUCAGCGACUCUUCGCCGAACGGAUAAUCAGUGAAGUAUUGGUUUACGGCCGCAUGAAUCGUCUUUCGUUCGAGGCCCGCUUUAUUCCGAACGGAAAAUAGGGCCCGAAUUAUCGAAUUCAUAUGCUUAGCAAUGGGCAAAAGUAGAGUUACGUGGAGUUUUGGCCAAGUUUGCUGCAUUUUCUACGGAAUAAUCGAAUAUUUAAAAUAUUUUUGACUUACCGGUCGGCAGAAUUUUAAUACUAUCGCCACUAGCACACUGCUGUUUUAAGGGGGAAUUCUGGUCUAGAAAAAAUCGAUAUUUUUUAAAUUUCUAGACGAAUGUCGGACAAAAACAAGAAAAUAUACAAAAAGUUUACUUGUUAAUAAACUAA